AACGUAUGGACGGGUUCCUAGCUUAUUAUAAUAGUGCAGUUUUCUCUCAACUGACGUCAAGGGUUUGAACGACACUAAUGACGUCAAGGAUUGUUUUGUUGAGUCGUAAUUCAGUCAGCUGAUUUAUUGUGUAUCGAACUGAACGACAAAUUUACACAGUGUCCAGGCGUCCACAGCAGAAUGCCUUCUAAGCGAGGUAAAUCUCGGUCUCGUUCUCCACCGAAAGACAGGAAGUCUCGUUCGACUUCUAGGUCGCCGACUAGAUCCCACAAGAGCUCGCCGUUCACCAAGUCUGUAAAGAAACAAGCCGUGUACAAAGAAAGAGACUACUUCAUCCUGUCUGCCGUGUCUUGCUUGUUCUGCUGCCCAGUGUCCAUUUGGGCUUUGAUGAACGCAUCGAAGGCACGCAAUGCCAAUAAAAAGAGCGACUUUGCUACGGCGAAACGCUAUGGAUUGGUUGCCUUGCGAUACGCCGCUUUGUCCUUUAUGAUGGGCGUCAGUUGGAUGGUCGGACUCACACUGGGAGCAACAACGCUAUGCAACUGAAGCAAAACAAAAUGGUUUACCGACAACUCGCUUUUUUCAAGUUUUUCCACAUACUACGAAUGACCUAAUUAAUAGAAUACAACAGUUUAACACUUACUAGCUUUUGCCAGAGUCACUUACUGAAUUUCUGUGAAAAUGUGUGUUGUAGGUUGAAGGGUUUGUUUUACAAUUACUUACAAACAACACUAUGAGUAAAUGACCUUUUUUGUUAUUACCUUGAAUGAGUGUUAAUGUCUGACUUUAAAAAUAUAAUAAUAAUUUAAAAAACUAAAAAACUAAAAAAGAAGCUCAUUUAUAAAUUAGUAAACGUACACACGUUUUUAAUAUAAAUAAAUAUAUAUAACAUAUAAAUAAAUACAUGCAUAUAAUUUCACUUUCAAAUAGUACAUUUUGUGAUUAAAACAAAUAUUGCAAAA